CUCAAGUUUCGCAAGUUUCAACGCCGCUCUUCCCCUCCCUAACUGUCUGCACACGUAGUAAUAUUAAACAGGCACCAUGGCCGCAGAAGCCGAUACGAAUGAUACCGACAGCCUGGACAGCCUGGUUAGCCUCACCUUCACCGUCCGCGACCUCCAGCAAGCCUGCCGCCACACCAAGCGCUACCUUGAGCACAGCCGGCGAAUAUGGCUGCACCAGCAGCGGCCCGGUCUCGUUACCGACGGCGAGCCUGCCGAGUGUCGGCAUCCAUAUGUAGACCUCUUACGCACCGAGCACUCCGCGCUCCUCCACCUUGCCGCCGACGUCCGGCGCCGGGCCACACACAUCGCCCUCCUGGCCACCGACGGCGGCACUAACACCGCCUUUAUCGAUCUCCCGCUGGAGCGCGGGUAUAUAGCCCGCCACGGCAAUAGUGUCGGCUACGCUGAGUUCCACGGCGAGGUCACCGAUGUCCUGCGUGAGUAUGUAGGGUUUUUGUAUCGGUGGAAGCGGCUGCUGCGAGAUGUGAUACUUGCUGCGGGGGAGGAGGGAGCUGAGCGAGAGAUAGAGAUGGAGAGUGAAGUCGCCAAGGAACAUGCGAUCAUGGCGCAGAAGUUCCGAGCCGUGGCGGAGGGGGCGCUGGGGAUGGAGUUGCUUCUCGAGCCGCGGUCCGUGAUCGCGGAACGGCAGCCGAGUCCUGAGCCGCUGCGGUUGGAUGUGUGGACGUAUCGGCAAGCGCUGGAACUGGCGCUGGCAGAGGGAUGCGGGAAGCCUGGUGUCUCGUCACAGAUAAUCACUCGAAUUGGAAAGUCGGAUGCAGGCGCCUCGGCCGGCGAAAACCGCAAAAACCGCGUCGAACCCACCCCACCGCCCGCACAGAUCCCGUUGCUCGCAUCACCGCCGGAGAUACCCAAGGAACUGUACGCCCACCUAACGCCGCAGCCACUCAGGAUCUACGACCACCGCGACGCGGCCGCCGCCGCAGGUGAGGUACGGCUGGGCGAAGACCACUACAUCUACCACCUGCUGGACUUCAUCCGGCGCAGCCUGAUGCACUGCGAGAACGCGGCGAAGUACGCCAUCCUGAUACGCGUGAACCGGAAACGGUACGCACGGGGAUACGGUAGUGUAUGGGAGCUGCUGGAGAGUGAAGCGUCGCCAUCUGUUGCCGAGGUCUACAGCGCCAGCAACAUCCUCGCCCACCACUUCCCACAGAUCCACAUCGACGCCUGCUGGGACCGGACGCCACCGGCGUGGGGCUGCCACCUCCCCGGGCUGCCGGGCGAGCGGACGAAGCUGCAUAUCAACCAGGCGCUUUUUGACGGGUUCGAGGAGACGGUGCGCCGUGGGCAGGAGGGCCAGCUGUUUCUGUGGUUCGUCUUCGUGACGGUUGCGCACGAGUUUGCGCACUAUCUUGUCAGCAUGUCCGCGCUCGGCGACGAAGCGGUCGACCGCGCCGCAUCUGAUAGCACUCGAGUCGGCACGCCCACGUGCUUCCGGUACCUGCGCCCCCGUCUCGCGCAGCAAGAGCGCGGCGAAGCGGGGGACUUGAUUGAGUUCCUGCUGUUUGGCGGGCAGACGUCGGCGCGCGGGUACAGCAUCGAGCAGCCCGGCCAUAUGCCGUUCCUCGCCUUCCUCACCUGGGGAUCUUACAUAUACACCGAUGCCAGGUGUGAGCGUCGCUACGAUCGCCUGGCAGUUAUCACGCCUGAGCUGGCGAAGGAGCUACUUGCGCGGACACGGCCGGCCACUCGCCUCUGCGCUGAGGCGGUGAAAACCCAUCCAGCGCGCCCGUCGGAAGAUGAGUAUAAGCGCGCGUGGGAAUGCAUUCCCGCUCUCCACGAUCAGCGCGGCUCACUACUUACAGCCCGCCGCGAGACAUCUCACAGCAGCAGCAGCAUCACCGUUCUGCGCAUAUCAUCCACCCCCGCCAGCCUCCACCCUUCUCCACCCCCGCACAUGAACCUCAAGCACGACGACGACCUCCCGCCCAUCUUCCUGCGAGUCCGCCUCGUCCCCCACGGCUACUCCGCAUCCACGCACUGGCAGAUCCCGGCGAUUCCGUGCGGGAUCUCGACAGUCCUAUUCUUGGUCCGCGAGGCGUGGCUUCCGGCCGAGUACCUGCUCCUACAGUUCGCCAUCACCGCGCUGCCGAUGCUCGCGUUCGUGUUUGUCCCGCUCGAGGGGUUUUAUUAUAUACUUGCGAGGGGCGAGAUGGUGGAUGAAGUGUCAGUCGCCGCUGAGCCAACCGAGCCAGUCCCGACCAACGACACGCCGAUACGCACUCCCGCCCCGAGUCUGUUCGCGCACAUCUUCGCGGUUAUAUCUGCUGCUGCUGCUAUGUCGUGGAAAUUGCUGGCGUCGUGGGGAAGCUACAUCUACGCCACUCGCGCCUGGCGUCUACUCGCGCGAAUCCUCGCGCCCAUCCUCGCGGCAUGCGGAAAAUAUAUCCUUGCCGCUGCUGUCGUGGUAAAAGCACAACAAAUGUUUCGCAAAUGUUUCGAAUAUUUCGCGGAACGGGUCCGGAGGUGUUAUGUGGUGCUGAAGGGUCUGGUGGGGCUGAAGGGGCAGAAGGGAACUGGCGAAACUCUACAGCAGGCGCCGGGCCAGGACGAUGCGUUACGCACCCGGACCCAGACCCAGACCCAAGAAACGGGAAAUACGACUUCCGCUGUAGCAGCAGGGAAGGACGCCGGUCCGGUGCGUGAUGAAAAGAAAGAACAGGAGGAGAACCAGAAACGUGAGGAACUGAAGCGGGAAGCAGAGAAGAGAAGAAAGGAAUGGUUGGAGAGGGAAAAGCGGGAAGUGGUAAGGCGGAAAGAGUUGGAGGAAAGAAAGAAGAGGGAGGCCGAGGUGAGGGAGAAGGAGGCGGAAGAAAAUAGGAUUCGUGAGCAACUGGAAAAAAGGAAGGCGGCUGAGGAAAAGGCGAAGAAAGUAGCAGAGGAAAAAGCAAAAAAAGAGGCCGAGGAAAAAGCAAAAAAAGAGGCCGAGGAAAAAGCAAAGAAAGUAGCAGAGGAAAAUGCAAAGAGGGAGGCUGAGGAAAAGGCCUACAAGGAGGCCGAGGAAAAAGCGAAGAAGGCGGCUGAGGAAAUGGCCUACAAGGAGGCCGAGGAAAAAGCGAAGAAGGCGGCUGAGGAAAUGGCCUACAAGGAGGCCGAGGAAAAAGCGAAGAAGGCGGCUGAGGAAAUGGCCUACAAGGAGGCCGAGGAAAAAGCGAAGAAGGCGGCUGAGGAAAUGGCACAGAAACAGGCCAAAGCAAAGGCGAUGAGAGAGGCUGAGGAAAAGGCAAAGAAAGAGGCUGAGGAAAAGGCAAAGAAAGAGGUCAUAGCAAAGGCGAUGAGAGAGGCUGAGGAAAAGGCAAAGAAAGAGGCUGAGGAAAUGGCAAGGAAAGAGGCUGAGGAAAAAGCAAAGAAAGUAGCAGAGGAAAAUGCAAAGAAGGAGGCUGAGGAAAAGGCCUACAAGGAGGCCGAAGAAAAAGCGAAGAACGAGGCCGAGGAAAAGGCCUACAAGGAGGCCGAGGAAAAAGCGAAGAAGGCGGCUGAGGAAAUGGCACAGAAACAGGCCAAAGCAAAGGCGAUGAGAGAGGCUGAGGAAAAGGCAAAGAAAGAGGCUGGGGAAAAAGCAAAGAAAGAGGUCAUAGCAAAGGCGAUGAGAGAAGCUGAGGAAAAGAAGAAGGCUGGAGAAGAAGAAGUGAGACUCCGUGAAGAACAGGAAAAGAGUCGCAAGCAGGCGGAGGAAAACAGGAAGGCUGAGGAGCAAAAAAAACUCCGCGAGGACGAGGAAAAGAGGAGGAAGGCAGAAGAUGCUCUUCUUCAUGCAGAAGAGCAGGAGAAACAAGCCAAACUGCAGGAGCAGGCGGACGAAGAAAAGCAGAAACAAGCCGAUCGUGAAGCUGCCAAACAGUUUGCCCAAGCAGAAGCCGAAGAGCGCAAACAGUGGACCGCAGCUGUGCCCGAAUCGAACCCAUUCCAACCGCCACCAGGGUUCGGCGAUCAUUCGGCUCGGGAUACCAGUACUAACUUCUGCCACCACGCCCACAUCUCUCGACAGCGACAAUUCAAGUUCCACGCUUCUCUCCCCUUCGGCUUCCGCCCGAAGUGUAUCCCCCAGCGGGAGCACUCCUACGCCUGCUAG